ACACCUUCCACAGCUUCCCAUCCUUUCUCUCUACUCCUCCUAUCCUCUCUCUUUCCCUCUGAAGAAAAACCGGCUAUCUCUCUCUCACACACAUUAAUGGCAGUAGCUGCGGCUUUUGCUGCUCCGGUCGAGCCGAGCUUCGACGUAGACAAGCUGUCUUACGAGAUUUUCUCUAUACUCGAGAGCAAAUUUCUCUUCGGCUACGAUACCGAACCUAGCCUCUUCCUCAACGGAGUCGCCAACUCUCCGGCCACCGGGAACCUAAAAACCGGCAAGAACACUGCUGGAAAAGUCCGCAUUCUAUCCAUAGACGCCGGUGGCUCCACGGACGGGAUCCUGGCUGGAAAAUCUCUCGCCCGCCUCGAAUCCUCCCUCCGCCAGGGAUCCGGCAAUCCCGACGCCCGGAUCGCUGACUUCUUCGACGUCGCCGCAGGAUCCGGCGCCGGCGGAAUCCUUGCCGGGCUCCUCUUCACCAAGGGAAGCGACGGGCGGCCACUCUUCACCGCCGCCGACGCGCUGAAAUUCCUGGCCGAGAACCGCCGGACGAUCUCAUCGCCGUCGAGGAACGGAAUAUUCCGUCGAGUAUUCCGUCAGUCGAAGUCGGAGCGCAUAUACCGUAAGGCGCUUUCGGAUUAUACGCUCAAGGACACGUUGAAGCCGGUGCUUAUACCGUGCUAUGAUCUAUCGUCGGGCGCGCCCUUUCUUUUCUCGCGCGCGGACGCUCUCGAAACGGACGGCUUCGAUUUCAAGAUGAGGGAGGUCUGUUCUGCCACGUCAGCGGGUCGGGCUUUGGAAAUGCUGUCUGUAGACGGGAGCACGCGGAUCGUGGCCGUUGGUGGCGGGAUCGCAAUGAGCAAUCCGACGGCUGCGGCGAUCACGCACGUGCUGAAUAAUAAGCAUGAGUUCCCGUUCUGCCGCGGAGUGGAGGAUCUUCUCGUGGUGUCUCUCGGGAACGGGGAGUCAGAUUACGGGAUGUACGGUCGCCGUGAUCUGACGCCUUCGGCCGGAGAGUUCGUUAGGAUCGCCGGAGAAGGAGUUGCCGACUUGGUUGAUCAAGCGGUCUCUAUGGCGUUUGGGCAUAACAGGACCAGUAAUUAUGUCCGUAUUCAGGCAAAUGGAUUCAAUGCGAGAAAAUCCCAAAUGACAGACGGUUCGAGUUCAGGCGGCGACAUGAGAAGCCUUCUGGCGGACGCGGAGGGCAUGUUGGCGCAGAAGAACGUUGAGUCAGUGCUCUUCCAGGGGAAGAAGAUAUCUGGGAAGACUAAUGCAGAGAUGCUUGACGGGUUUGCAGUCGAGCUGAUUAAGGAACACGAAAGGAGGAAAACUAGUGUUUUUCCGACGGUCGUGUUUAAGCAGGUGACGCCGAGGAGUUCAUCUGCCACAACGGUGUCUUCUUGUUGAGUUGAAUUGCCCUUUUUUUCUCCUCGAUCUCUUAUCAUUUAAUUGUGAUCGCCGCUCUACUUCACCGAAAUGAAAGGUGUUUGGGUCGGA